AUGUUUCACAUCGCCAUCGCCACCGCUGUCCUCGCUGCUGGAUCCGCCCUCGCUCAGGGCCAAAGCGCUCUUCCGCCUCUGCCGUCCAUGAUCGGCCCUCUCAGCUUCUCUCCGCAGUGCCAGCAGGCCGUCAUUGGCGUGGCCACUCAGGGCGCUCUCGCUCAGUGCUUCCCCUUUGCCGAUCUCUUCCCUUUGCUGUCUACCAACACCUUCAUCAUCCCCUUCCUCGACAAAUUCCAGACCGACCUCUGCUACAACUACCCCACCUGCAGCCAGGCCACUCUUACCGCUGCUGCCCAGACCGUCGCCCAGGGCUGCGCCGAGGACCUGAAGAAGGAUGGUAUCGCCGCCCAGACCAUCAUCGACAUCUUCAGUGCCUACCCCAUUGUCCGCGAGGUUCUUUGCCUCAAGACGACCGACCCCUACACCGCCAAGUCGUACGGGGGCUUCCUCGGCGCGCCGCCAAUCCCCAUCGUCGGCAACCCCAUCUACAACUCGACUGACGGUACCUUCUGCCUCACCUCGGUCGCCACUCAGCUCUCGGCCUACUUUGGCACCCAGCUCACCGUCCCUUACCUCGCCGGUCUGGUCAGCGGCCAGAACUCGACCGCUCUCGCCCUUGCCACCUCCAUCAACCCCAACAUCGUCUGCAACACCUGUUUCUUUGCCGCACUUGAGAUCGUCGACCUCAUUAUCCCCGCAGUUGGCAACACCCCCGUCGCCGCCGUCAUCCAGUUCUUCAUGGCCAUGGUUCCCAAAUCGCUUGGCGCCACCACCAUCAACCAGCUCUUCGACUGGACUUGCGCCUACAAGCCCUUGUCUUUGGUCCUCGACGGCAAGCUCCCUAACGGCGUCUCGGUGUCCAUCGUCAACUCGUCCUACCCUAUCCCCAUCUCCAACGGCCAGCCGCUUCCGGUCAAUUGCCAGGCCAAGAGGGAGGAGGUCUCGCUCUUCGGCAGGAAGCGAGCUUAA